UGCGAAAACUAAAAGCCCCGAAACGAAAUCUUGAAAAUGCCAAAUCAUAGCCUUGUUCGUCAAUAAUAUUAUCGAGCUUUUACGCGUACACACAUCCAGAUCUCUGAACAUGGCCACUAGCAAUUCUGCACAAGAUGAAAAUGCUCUGGUUGAGAGAGUGUUCUUGCGCAUUGGGUCUGCUGAAACAGACGAACAGCUUCAAACAGCGUUAGCAAAGUUUUUGGCACCACUUAUUUUGAAGCUGAACAGCAAGGAUGAAGGAGUACGAUCAAAGGUUUUGAAGUUACUUGCUCAUAUCAAGACGCGUCUGAAAAGCCGAGGCAAAGUUUUGCUACCACUUGAUGCUUUGCUGACGCAGUUUCAAGAUCCUCAAGCUACGCCUUUCAUCACGAACUUCACAAUUCUCUUCAUCAAAUUGGGCUUUCCCAGAGUUGACCCAGAGAAGCAAGCACAACUAGUCCCUUUGCUAAUCAACUGCUUAGAGGGUCGUUCAACAAACCAUCAGGACAGUCUGUUACAGUUGUUGAUUCAAGCACUCCAGUAUGUCCAGAUGCCCAAAACAGAGGCUGAGUGCCGGGCAAGAUUUCCUUUGAAGGAUAGACCCGUUCUGAAAACUGUGCUGCUUGAUUACUUCAUGGAUGUGCUUCUGCUGCCGUACAACUCCCACAUGUCAGCAAUACCAGCAAGUGAUGGAGGAGCCUCCCAGCCGCCACCUGUAGCCACACCACCUGGCCUCAGUCCGGCUGCCUUUAAGCGACUGACAGCCGAGAACCCCAUGAUGCCAGAAGAGCUAGAAAAAGUCAAGCUGAGCGUUAUCCGUUUCAUGGGCUCUGGCCUUGUGGAGGAGGAAGAGGCAGCCUGUCACUUUGUGGUGGCUUCUUCAGAUACUCGCCACAGUGUGGCCACUUCAGCUGACAUGGAACUGAAAAAAAUCAUUGGGAGUGUGAACUGGAAUUCUAAGGACAUCCUGACAAAACUUUUCACAAUUUUCCAAGGCACUGUCGUGGUCAAGGGACAGGCUACAGUCAAACCAGAAGCACGUCGCACUCCUGUGAACCCAAGGAUUCGCUUGAAGAUUUUUCCACUCUUUUUGAAAGCCAGGGAAGCGAGUAACAUGUUUCCCUCAUGUCUCCAGGUCGUUUUUGAUUGUCUGUUUGGAGCUACGCCCAAUGCAAAGCUGCGUGUCAUGGCAGUGGAGUUUGUUCAUCACAUGUGUCUGAAUUGUGAAGAAACAACGUUCUCAACAUUUGACAUGAUUCUUUUGAAUGGAAUGUUGAAGCUUAUCAAAGAGUCAAAAGAGGACCCCAAGUUGAGGAGUUUAGCCUAUGUGGCUGUGGGGAAGAUCGGCCUGCGGUCACCGCAACGUCUGACUAAGGACAUACAAGUUGUGCAGAUCUUUUUUGAUGCCAUGUGCCAGGAAGAGGGAGACACGCGUUUGGCCGUGCAAGAAGCCUUAGCCAUGAUGUCUACAGUCUUCUGCAACCUGGAUGAAACAAACAAAAAGUUGAUGGAAGCUUUGCUGCUGCAAAAUAUUGACAAGGCAGAACCUCAGGCCCGUACGAUAGCUGUCCAGUAUGCAGCGGCUGUGUUCCCUAGCGACCACAUCCCCUCUCGCUACAUCCUCCUCAUCGGAGCUGGAGAUCUCAAGGAUGAUGUGCGCACAGAGAGUGUGAAGGCUUUGAGGGGAACUCAGACUCACGACUCGUUCAGAACUCAGCUGAAGAAACAGACACUCCCUGACUUUGAGGAGAUGAUGGGCUACAUUGUUCUAAAGGGCACUCAAAGAAAGGAGUCCCAAAACAGAUACGUUUCAGGCAACACAGUUUUACCAUUUAACUUGCAGUCAUACUCAGAGAUUCUCCUGUACCUACGCAUGUGUCUGUCCCAGAAGGCUGGCCUGUCCACCACGUGGUCAGUGGAAGACCUGCCAGAGGAGGUGUCCACGGUGGCCCCGUUUGUGCGUGGCAUGCUGGACAAUGCCAAAGGCAAUGACGGUCCCGUACAGCAAUAUGUGCGAAUGUUGCAGGAACUUUUGGCUGUCAGCGCCAAUGGAGAGUCGAUGUACUGUAUGCUGGAAAUGGUGGCCAUGGUCCCGAAUGUUCUGGCUCCACAGUUGGCGGAACGCCUGGACUGGUUGAUGAGUCUUCUCAGCAAUUCUAAAGACGACAUCAAGCGGUAUGCAGCUGAACUUUGUGCUAUCGUCAGUUUCCACUCCCUCACUUCAGCCCAGUACACAGAGAAGGUGGAAAGCUUUACAGAGCUUGUUUCUCACAAGAAUCCGGAGCUAGGACUAGGAGCAUUGCUGACCCUGGGCUAUCUCAUUGGCAUCAUGAUGAGAAAUUCCGGUCAAACCUCAAUGGAAAGCUCCCAAGAUUCUUCCACAGAGAAGUUGUUGACUAGCAGCGUCAAAACCAUCAUGUCAGUCCUGUCAGAUAACAGUGCUGUGAGGAAGAACACGGCCUGUCUCGCCAUGGGAGAGGUCGGACGUAAUGGGGCCUUGCCCAUACCAGCGGGCGAGAGUGCCAGCAAGGUCAAGGAUGAUGCUCCUGACCAACCAGCACCAGCAGGUGCGCCGAUGGUGGAGAAAGAGGGGAAGGAGACUGGGGAGAUAAGCAAACUGUCUCUUGUGAACAAGCUGGUGGCGAUGGUGAGGACAAGCAAUGAGUCAAACAAGACAAAGGAAAGAGCAGCAAUGUGCUUAGGGGACAUCUGUGUGGGUGACGCUGAUUUCCCACAUAGGAGAAAGGCUAUGGAGAGUUUGUUCAAUGCAGUGCAGUCCAAGCAGGUAGAGCUUCAGUUCACCAUCGGUCAAGCGCUAGUGAACAUGGCCAUGGGUCCCCGGUCGCCCCGGGCUAGAUGUGUGUGGACCACCAGCAAGGAGGAGCAUCAGAAAACAACAGCGGGGGCAAAAGAUGACAUGGACUGGUACGUGGUGGCGUUGUUGUCCACCUACAUUUGUCACGCCAACCCUCACAUUAGACAGGGUGCUUGUGUGUGGCUUCUGACCCUGAUCCGAGAAGUGGGUCAGCACCCAGCCGUUCAAGAACAGUUGUUGAACAUACAGAGGGGGUUCAUGAGGAUGUUAUCUGAGAAUGACGAUGUGACCCAGGACAUGGCUAGUAAAGGCUUGGGUCAGGUCAUGGAGGUGUGUACGCCAGAACAGAAGGACACCCUGGUCUCUGAGCUGGUGGACACGUUGAUGACAGGCAAAAGAGCCAAGAAUGAGGUGAGCGCCAACACAACCGUGUUCCAGAGUGGAGCUCUCGGCAAGGCACCAGAUGGGGGUGGCCUGUCUACCUACAAAGAACUUUGUGCUAUCGCCACUGACCUCAACCAGCCGGAUCUCAUCUACAAAUUCAUGCAUUUGGCAAACCACAACGCUACCUGGAAUGCUCGUAAGGGCGCAGCGUUUGGAUUCUCCACCAUUGCGGCCCAGGCCGGGGAGCAGCUGGCUGCUUACUUGCCCCAGAUUGUGCCCAGGUUGUACCGCUAUCGAUUUGAUCCCAACCCCAAGAUCCAGCAGGCCAUGAGCAGCAUCUGGAAUGUGCUGGUUCAGGACAACAAGAAGACAGUUGACACCUUUCUGAAGCAAAUUUUGGACGAUUUGAUGAAAAACUUGACAAGUAAUCAGUGGAGAGUACGAGAAUCAAGUUGUCUCGCAGUGAGCGACUUGCUACGAGGGAGGGCCCUUGAUGACAUCAUCGACGACCUUCCCCAGCUGUGGGAGACGUGUCUGCGUGUGCGGGACGACAUCAAAGAGUCUGUGAGGAAUGCUGCUGACUCUGCCUGCACGACCCUCAGUAAAGUGUCUGUGAAGAUAUGUGACGUGAGCUACGGUGAAGUGGGCAAGAGAGCCAUCCAGGCAGUUCUUCCUUGUCUCCUCAAGUGUUCUCUCCAGAGUUCUGUGAAAGAGGUCAGGGCCAUUGGUCUGUCAACAAUCCUACAAAUCAGCCGCAAUGCUGGAGCCCUCCUCAAGCCAAACAUCCCUGUGCUGGUCAGUGCCCUGCUGGAGGCGGUCAGCGGACUCGAACCUGACGUCAUCAACUACCUGAGCCUACACAUGGGCACUCAGGCCAGUCAGGACAAACUGGACAGUGCCAGGAUUGCAGCCUCCAGAACCUCUCCCAUGAUGGAAACCGUCAAUAGAUGUGUUCAGUAUGUGGACAGCUCUGUUCUGGCCGAGCUGGUCCCGCGAUUGGUGGAGCUGAUCAGAGGGGGGAUAGGAGUGAGCACAAAGGCUGGUUGCUCAAGCUUCAUAGUUUCACUUGUUCAUCAAUGUCCACGAGACUUGAGCCAAUACGCAGGAAAACUCAUGGCAGCAUUACUUCAUGGACUUGGGGACAGAAAUGCUGUGAUUAGGAAGUCUUACGCAACAGCUUUAGGCCACCUGGUUAGGGUUGGAAAAGACAGCAGUGUGGAAAAACUCCUUCAAAAAUUGAAAACUUGGUAUUUGGACAAUGAAGACCCCUCAGCGCGUCAGGCGUGUUGCGUCACUCUACAUGCUAUCUCCGUGCACAGCCCAGACUGCCUGAGACGACACGCCAACUUGGUCAUGCCACUGACGUUCUUCGCCAUGCACGAGAGAAAAGAUACGGAGAAUGAAGGGCAGGCAAAGAAGGAUGGAGAAGUCUCUGAGUGGGAGGAAGUCUGGAAUGAAAUCACACCAGGCACAGAGGCAGGGAUCAGGCUCUACCUGUCAGAGAUUGUAGAACUUCUGACCUCGUGCAUGGAGUCCCAGGCCUGGUCAGUCAAGGCACAGGCCGCCCGGGCCAUGGCUAUGGUGGGUGGGAAACUUGGAGGUCAGCUGAAACAGCCGCAUCUGACCCACAUUUUGGAAGCUUUGCUGAACGGUCUGUCUGGCAGGACGUGGAAAGGGAAGGAAACCUUACUGGAAGCUCUUACUACAGUGUGUACAUCUUGCAGGGAGGAGAUCUUAAAAGGAGAAACAGAAAGCCCAUCCCAGCCCAGUAUUGAACAGGUCCUAACAGUUGUAGUCCGUGAGAGCAGCAAGACGCAGCCCGAGUACAAGAUAGCAGCCAUGAAGUGCCUGGGUCCUGUGCUAGAGUUGUACCAGCGGGAUCACUUCACUCAAGUCUGGGAGAUCACACGGCCCAUUUUGUGUAGCAAAGAGAGUAACACAGAUGAUGAUGAAAAGGGCUCUUCCAGCUCCAAUGUCAGACAAGAACUCAUCCAGUCAGCAUUCAUGCUGCUCGGAGAGGCUUGGCCAUGCAGUCAAACUACGCAAGAUACGUUUACAGAGAAGUAUUCCCAGUUGCUGUGCGACUCCAUGCCUUUAUCAACAUGGAAGGUGCAGAUCAUCAUCCUCAAAGACUUGAAGAAGUUUUUGGAAAGAUUGCAAAUAUUCCAAAAGGAACAGAUACCUGCCAAUGUUGAAAAAGUGUCCAAGUUGUGCAACCAGUUCGUGGCUGCUUCCGUUGCCAAUUUAGGAAACAUCAAGUACGUCUCCCUGAGAACAGAGAGCCUGUCUGUGGUAGAUCUGUUGCUGCAACGACUGUCAGAGUGUAACCAGCUCCAGAUGCUCUCUGACCCCCUCCAGCAGCAGGUGAAGGAAGAACUGUCCACUCUGGCCGAGUCCGGACCCUGGGAGUUACGGGACCAGGCUAAGGCUGUGCUCAAACUGACCACUGGUCAGCUUGUUGGUCAGGAUGGGGAGAAUCAGAUAGUAGUCAUGGAUCACUAACCGGUGCUUGGCUCAAUUGUUGUGAUGGAAAAAAUCAGACGCUGGCCAUGGAUCAAUGACCACCGAUCAAUUCAGUUAUUAUGACUGGGAAAAUCAGACUGGUCAUGGAUCAGUGAUCAAUGACCUCCAGUUAGUUCAGUUGUUGUGAUGGGGAAAAUCAGUCGCUGUUCAUUGAUCAAUGACCACCGCUCCAUUCACUUGAUAAAAUGGGGUAAAAAAUCGGACUGGUCAUGGAUCAGUGAUCAAUGACCUCCAGUUAGUUCAGUUGUUAUGAUGGGGAAAAUCAGUCGCUGUUCAUGGAUCAAUGACCACCGGUCCAUUCACUUGAUAAAAUGGGGAAAAAAUCAGACUGGUUAUGGAUCAGUGAUCACCUGUCAUCUGAGUUGCUAUGAUGGGGAAAAUCAGAUGCUGGUCAUUGAUCAAUGACUUGUAGUCAGCUCAGUUGUUAUGACAGGAAAAAAACAGAUGCUGGUCAUGGAUCAGUGACCACUGGGCAACUCAGCCAUGGCAGAGAGUUAUAGGGGAGGUAGUCCGACGACUAGCAAUGGAUCACUGAUCACGGAUCAGCUUGAUUAUGAGGUUAUGAUGGGGAGAAUCGGACGCUGGUCAUGAACCACUGACGCAGCCACAGUCUAUGUCAGUGUUCUGAGUGUGUCCAAUUAGUUGUUGAAACGGAAGGUUUGGUUUGGUGUGUCUUGGUAGAUACCUAUAGACAGUGAAAGAUCGAUCUUAUCAGUUUUUUAGUGUUUGAGCGCUUAUUUGGUUGCUUGCACUGUACGCAUCCCAGGAAGCCGAAGAGUGUUUUUGAGUGUUGUAGGGUCUGCUGAGGUAUUAAUAAUAACAAUAUAUUGAUCUUAGAGCACAUACAGCUUGCUGCUUCGUGGGAAUAUGCACUAUACAAAAGGUAUUGAUUAUUAUUAUUGAGACUGAAGGUUCAGAUAAGUACGCACAUUGUGAGUCAAGUUUGUUGUUGAGUUAGCAGGUUUAGGUACAAAAAAUGUCAUCGGCACUCAGAUUUUUCGGCUUCUAUCCAAUUUCAGAUAAUACCAGUUGGUAGAUUGUCUUAAGUAAUGGUAGGAUUACUGAAAAUGAAGUCUGCUGUGAUUUGUUUUUGCUAUACACCCUGAUGUUUGGAAAUAAAAUUUUGUUUGAUUUUCUUUGUA